UGGAGGCGCUCGUGCCCGCAGAAACAAAACAAAGCUGCGUUCAAGAGCGCAAGUACUCUUGAACGCAGCUUGUGUGACAAACCUUCUAUAUCUCUUUAAUAUGAAGCCAAACAUCUACACCGCGGGUCGCAGGCUAGAGAUUAAACAUACUCGGCAGUCUUAAAUCAACCGAAUAACCGUUUAAACGUGACAGAAAGCUCCUUUCCCCCGCUACGUGCAGCGGGACGUUCACGGACGCUCAUCCCACACACACACACACAGUUGUUUGAUUAGACAACGACGCUGCUGCUGCUACUUCCUGAAUCCACAGCAGCAACAGAUGAGACGGGCUGCUCGUCCGGAGCCAGCACCGUGUCAUUUUAGCCCCGCGACCGCGAGAUAGAUACGCUUCUGGGGUCUGGAGGCUCCGGCGUCGUCCAUACGUCGAGGAGUGUCGCCGCUCAGCCGCCGUGAUGGUGGAGACUCCAGCCGGCUGUCUGUUUGAAGACAUCCAGUAUGAAGACAUCCAAGUUGAAGCGGCUGUCGGCAGAGGGACGUUCGGAGUCGUCUUCAAGGCCAUAUGGAAAGGAAAGGAUGUAGCAAUCAAGACCAUUGAGAGUGAGAACGAGAGGAACGCCUUCCUUGUCGAGCUCCGCCAGCUCUCCCGGGUCAGUCACCCCAACAUUGUGAAGCUGUACGGCUCCUGUGACAAUCCAGUCUGUCUGGUCAUGGAGUAUGCAGAAUGUGGCUCUUUAUAUAACCUGUUGCACAGUGCAGACCCACAGCCACACUACACAGCGGCUCACGCCAUGAGCUGGUGUCUGCAGUGUGCCCAGGGAGUUGCCUACCUUCAUGCUAUGAAGCCAAAGGCUUUAAUUCACCGCGACCUCAAACCACCAAACCUGCUUCUCGUGGCUCGUGGUACUGUGCUGAAGAUCUGUGACUUUGGAACAGCUUGUGAUAUUCAGACGUACAUGACCAACAAUAAAGGCAGUGCAGCCUGGAUGGCACCAGAGGUGUUUGAAGGCAGUAACUACAGUGAAAAGUGUGACGUGUUCAGCUGGGGCAUCAUCUUGUGGGAGGUCAUCACACGCAAGAAACCCUUUGAUGAGAUCGGUGGCUCAGCGUUUUGUAUAAUGUGGGCUGUCCACAGAGGUACACGACCUCCUCUGAUCAAAGACCUUCCAGAGCCCAUAGAGUCUCUGAUGACGCGCUGCUGGGACAAAGAACCCAGUCAGAGACCGUCCAUGGAGGAGGUCAAGAACACCAUGAGCCAUCUGAUGAAGUACUUCCCAGGCUCUGAUGAACCCCUCAAGCUGCCUCACCAGUCUUCAGCCACCAGCUCAGGUUCGUACGCUGAAUACACCAUGAGCAGCAACCGGAGCGACGACAACACAGAACACAGGAACUCAGUUGGUAGAGAAGAAACGCUGAAAAGCUCUGAGGCCAAGUUUCCACUGCAAUUCAAACCCUCGAAGACGGCCACGUUGCGUACUGGUUUGUCCAGGGUCUCUAGUAUUGACAGUCAACCGGGACGCUCCCAAAGCCCUACCCACUGUACCAGUCCUGUUACUACCACCAGCCAAUCAGAGCUAAGGAUGACGUUUAGUCCCACAGCUACCAAUGGUUUGAACAGCUCCAUCCCACUGCCCUACCUGAAACUGGAUUACCAGUUACAGCCUCUGGCUCCAUGUCCAAACUCUAAAGAGUCCAUGGCCGUGUUCGAGCAGCACAUCAGGAUGGCUCAGGAGUACCUCAAAGUCCAGUCAGAGAUUGCUCACCUCGUUCGGAGAAAACAGGAGCUGGUGUCUGAGCUGGAGCAGGACCAGAGGGAGCAGCAGACCUCGUCCAGACUCCUCCAGGAACACAGCAAGCUGCUGGAGGACCACAGCAGCCUGUCGAUGGAACGCCAGGGCUUGAAGACCAAACUGAGCCUGAUCCAGAGUCAGAACCAGCACCACAGCUAGGACAGGAGACUGUAGCACAUGGUCCACAUUUCCUCUGGUGUCCUCUGGACUGCCUCUGUAACAGAACCAUAUAGUAGGGAAGCCCAUUAUUCUGAGAAAAUAAGACAUUAAACUUACCACCGUAUGAGGAGAAGAUCAGAUUCAGUUGUUAGUUUGGGAUUAGAGGCUUUAAAGUCCAACUGAAAUGUAAGUUCUAAUGAAAUCUAAACCGUAACGAUGAGGCAGCUAUCAGAACACUUUGUGGAAAAAGUGUCUCAGCCCAACUCCUGGUACUAAACCCUGCAGGCCUCGUUUCCAACACUGGUGGUGGUGUGACACAGGAGGUACCUCCAGAGGUUAGCUACUGUAGCUAGCUGCACAGAGAUCCACUUCCAGGACCACUUUCGACUAAUUAAACUAGCUUCUGCACAGUGUGUUUUCAGGAUACUGGAAUUUAGUCCUCUGAAGUGGAAGCUAUAACAUUAGCACCUACUACACCUCAGUGACCACCCCAAUGACUAAAAACCUACAAACGCUGUGUGAGCAGAAUCACAGAGUGGAGAUGGAGCUAACUGGUAACAUCCAACAGCCGUCGUUUCAGGUCUCCAGUUUAGACUGUUUGUAAUUUUUUCGGCACACGGCAGUUAAAUCAGAGCACAGACAUUUUCAUUCACUCCCUCUGGAGCGCAGUCGUGAAGGUCUUCUAACUUUAACCAUAAAUUUUACGCAACAGUAAAUGAAUUUCAGUUUGACUUUAAAAACAAAUCAGAGUUUUUAUCUCGAGGUAAAGAACACGUGAUGAUGGGACUGCUGUAAAGACCGUCUUUACAGCAGUAUGGAUCUAGUGGGACCAAAGAACUCCACGUGGACUGGUACUCUGAAAUGGACUUUGAUUCAGAAAAACCUCCUGAAGGUCUCGUGGGGUUAGAGGACAACUUCUUUCUGUUUUUAUUGUUAUUUUCUUUUCUUUUUUUUCUUUUCUUUUUUUUUUUUGAAUUGUUGAAAAGUAUCUACAGAUGUGAUUUGUAAAUGAGUGCUUUUAUAUAUUCAGUCGAAGGCUCUCAUUUUAUGAAAAGAGGAAAGGCACUCAGUGCAGUGUGGGCAGCAUCAUUUUAAACCAAUUUUACUGUGAAUACAAGACUUGCCAAAGGAAUUGAGCUUCAGAGAUGUGCGUGCUGCCUCGCAGCAAAACAAAAGCUUUGUUCAAAGGAUGUUUGAAAUGGAAAAAUAACUGUACAAAUCUGAUGUUUUCUCUCUGUUUAUUUGCAUUUUCUUUAGUUUCCACAUGUUUAUUUCACUGACUCAUAUGAACUGUUACUCUGCACUGCACUUAUUGGGGUCAAAGAUUUUGCCGCAUGUCGCCUCACUUUAGUUUCUUUGUUGCUGGGUUACUUUGGGAUGAGUCGUUGUUUAAAUGCAUUCAUUGAGACGUUGCCUUAGGAUUGUUCCUGUACAGUUAAUUUUUUCAUCUCAUCUUCAUCUCUGAUUUUAAAAUGUACAGACUGCAAAUAUAUGCUUUUAGAAAGUCUAAAACAUUUUGUCAGUUGUCUUUAUUUACAAGAGUGAAGCUCAGCACAAGUUCAGUGUGCCGGUGCAGUGUGUCAGAUUCAUGGGGCUCUGUUUACAGAAUUUCUUAUCCAUAACAUAACAAUCACCUGACAAUAAGAAUUAUGUUUUUGGUACCUAGAGCCUAGAACAAACUAGACACUGGCUCUAGUCUGGUCUUUCUGGCAGCCAUUGCAGUUUCUCAGUUAUGCUAGGAAGGGGGGCGGGGUGAGGCGAGGGCGUUGCAACUGCACCGUUAGAUGUCUAAAAAAUGGCAAAAAAACCCUCUAAAUCCCACGUUACUACAGCUGACUCUGGGCGUUUACACUUUAGUUAAAGCAACCAGAUUUUGUCACGAUUUCCAUCAGUCAUGUCAUUGCUGUCAAACUUGAAUUCUCUUCUCUGCUGCUGUCAUGAAACCCAUUAAAAGUCCUCUCUUCACCA